AUGGCACCGAAGCAAGCGGAAGAGAACCAUCACAUGGCAUCUUCGACUGAAGAGGAAGAAGAAUCUGUUUCAUCUAUACAAGUAUCUGAGUCUACUCUUGAAGAUUCAAAGAAAGACGAGUCUUCUGAUGACGAAGGCGAUGUCCAGUCGAAACCCACUCACACAAGUUAUGUUCCUAAAACCAAAUCGACUCUGCCGGAGAGCUCUACGGGCAAGCGUUCGUUGGAGCAAACGGAUGAUGUUGAGGGAAAGAGCGAAGAGGAGAUAGUGUUUUCCAAAGAUCUUGAUCAGAAAGCUUUCGAAUUGUCGAGAAAGAUUUGGGGAAAGAAUGGUGUUCUGGCUUCAAAAUCAAGGAUGAAGGUUGAAGAAAGCCCGAACGGGUUUAUGUUGUUGCCUCACUCGUCCAGGAAAAAUCGAGAAACCGCAAAUGUUGUAGACACUAGUCUCACCUCUAGUAGAGAGUUAUCAUAUUUCUUCAAGACAGAGAAUGUGUCUGCUUAUGGUUUGGAUGAACCCGCAGUGAUUGCCGGUUGGGAUAUGGUUGCGGACGGAUCAAAGAAGAGAGAAAUGGAGAAAAAAUUGAAGAAGCUCAAGGCAAUGCAGGUGGAGCUAUGUAUGCAGAGGACUGGACUUGUGGCCGAAUCCGCAAAGCUGAUUUUCAAAGACAAUGCAUCCUCUUCUGUCAAGAAGGUGCCUCAUGAGGACUGUACAGUUAAGAGACAAAACUCAUCACCACAUGGUUCUGCAGUUUGCAUAACAAUGAGAGACGAUACACCAUUGCAUGCUACAACUAGAGCAUCAAUUGGAUCACAGAGACAUUGUCACGACUGCGCUCCUUGUCUUGGAGUUGCGGUCUAA